UGACAUUCAUAGUGUUCAAUAGUUGUCUGUCAUUGUCACUGUCUAUCGGUCUCUGGCUGGUAUAUUGUGUAUGUACGUAUGUGCGUGACUCGAAAACUGUAAUAAGUUUGCUUCGUUUUCUAAUAGUCAUUAUUUUGCAAUUACUUAUUGCAGUACUCCUUUUAUUGAGUAAUAUUGCAUUAAUAUUACAAACGCUUUCAAUAAUGGAAGACAAAAAUGUUGAGUUCAUACCAAAGAAUUUUCCGGAACUAAAAAAUGAUCGUCUGCUCCGUGCUGCACUCGGAAAAGAAGUAGACAAAGUUCCAGUAUGGGUAAUGCGGCAAGCCGGCAGAUAUCUUCCAGAAUUUCAGGAAGUAAGGGCAAAACACGACUUCUUUACAGUGUGCAGAACACCUGAGCUGGCUUGCGAGGUAACCUUACAGCCAUUGAGAAGAUAUCCCCACCUUGAUGCUUCAAUUAUAUUCAGUGACAUUCUUGUUAUUCCACAAGCACUUGGAAUGACAGUCGAAAUGCACCCAGGUGUUGGUCCAGUAUUUCCUAGUCCACUUCAAGAUCCCUCAGAAAUUGAUAAUUUAAAAGAAGAAGGUGCUGUUGAUCGAUUACUAUAUGUUGGGAAAGCCAUUACAUUAACUAGGCACAAAAUUGAGGGCAAAGUACCUUUGAUUGGUUUCACUGGAGCUCCAUUCACACUAAUGGGAUACAUGAUUGAAGGUGGCGGAAGCAAGACAAUGUCAAAAACAAAGGAAUGGUUAGAAAAAUAUCCUAAGGAUGUUCACAAAUUGCUAAGCCUACUUACUAGAGUUAUCAUAGACUAUUUGAUUAUGCAGGUGGAGAGUGGAGCUCAGUUACUGCAAGUAUUUGAGUCAAGUGCUGAUCAUUUGAACAGAGAUCAGUUUAUUGAGUUUUCUGCACCAUAUCUAAAAGAUAUUAGAAGUGGUGUCAAAAAUAAGAUUGAAGCUAAAAAUCUGGAACAAGUUCCUAUGACUGUAUUUGCUAAAGGUGGUGGACCAUACCUUGACGUUCAAACUGGAUUAGGUUAUGAUACAAUUGGGUUGGAUUGGACUGUAGACCCAGAAGAGGCUAGAAAGAUUGUGGGUGAUAACUUCACUUUACAAGGAAACCUUGAUCCACAGGAUUUGUACAGGACCCCAGAGGAAAUCACUAAAAUGACAAUAGAGAUGGUGCAAAAAUUUGGCAAAAAACGAUACAUAGCAAAUUUAGGACAUGGAAUCACACCACAAACACCCUUGGAAAGUAUGAAAGCAUUCACUGAGGCAGUUCAUGAAGCUUUGUAAUAUAUUUUGCUUUUAUAUUUCAUUUUUUGUUGUCUGUUGUUUUUAAAAAAGAUGUUUAUAUUCCUAAAUCAAAUUUAUGUAUGUAUGUUGCACAAUAAACUGGGAUAGGGAUGUAUUGUAGUCAAACUACAAAAUUGUGUUUUAAUUACAAAGCUAUUUAUUAAAAAAUGAGUAUCUAUAAGUUUACAUAGAAUAAGUGGUCUUAGAAUUCUGACUGGUGGCUGGUAUAUCUUCGUCAUGGCUGCCCACUGAUUUCUUGAUAUACUGAAAAACCAAAUUAUAUAUAAUUAUAGUUAUUAUAAUGGUGUAUGAUAGUAUUCUGGAAUAGACCUUUACUUCUUUUGCUCAAUCACACAUUAGUUAGAAAAGGGCCUCUAAUCCUACAAUCAAUUAGAAUUACCAAUAAUAUAAGUAUGUUACCCACCUGAGAAUUAACUUGUAUCUGUUCAUCCAUCUCUUGAAUAUACUGGUGCAACUUUGUGCAAGCAGCCAUUUGUUGUUCUAGUACGCAUAAAGUUUCAGGCGACGCAUAUUUCUCCGGACUGUCCAAGAACACCACCAUUCCAUCUUUUUGAUUUAUCAUCGCAUAUAUUUCGCCUUCUUCAAUCUGCGA